CGCACAAUCGAAGAACGAUUGCCACCGAUAGGUUGCGACGACGAAUCCGCACGAAUCCAUGAGCCCUCGCACCGCCGAGUCUUCCAGCUCCUCCCGAUCGCCCAGUCGCCCAAUCGCCAUGUCCCAGACGCAGUGCCGCCUGUAAACAAACGCCGAGUGAAGUCCGCAGCCCGCAGUCAGCGGGAGCAGCAGCGUCAGGAGUCCGGAAUCCGUUUCCCGGUUUCCGCAACAGGUUGCGUCGCCUUCGCCAACAGAAGGUUUUAGUGCGAGCUUUGGACAGAGUAUACACGCGCCAGGAUGCAGCAGCGCCGCCAGCCGGCGAAUGGCAACGGCGGAGGAGGAGGAACCACCGUCGUCCGUACGGAGGAGCAGCAGCAGCAGCAGCCAUUGAGUCAGGAUGCUGGCGCCAAGGAGGCGGGCAGCACGCCGGGCAAGGCAACGGGACGCGGCUGCUACUUCUCGCUGGCCUUCUCCAUCGGUUCGAUGGGCCUGGCCUGCGGCAGCCUGUGGCAGAUACCAAACAGCAGUGACCGCAUCUCGCUGCAGCGCGGCCUGGUGCUCACCUCGCUGGGAUUCAUCUACUUUGUCUCGCUAACGGACUUCUGCAACAAAUACCUGUUGGAGACGACGCAUGGCCAGCGCUUUCGUCGCAAGUACCGCCUGAUGAUGUCCGACGUCCUGGAGAUUACCAACAAAAUUGUAUCGGCAAUCCAGGCCUUAUUUUCCUUCCUCGUGGGACUCAUCGUCUGCAAGUCGACGUGCACCAAAUCCUUUGUAUAUGCAUCCCACUUCUUGAUGGAGGCGUACGGCUGGUUCGGCACCGCUUACUUUAUGUACGACAUUUGGUCGAUGUACAAGGUGCAUACCCAGAAGAUCGCCGACAAGCUGCACCUGUUGCGCAUUACCAAGGGUCAGGGUGCGGUGGUCAGCAAUGGCCACGCCAACGGCAAGAUCAACGGCAAGUCGGCCAGCGGCAACAACAACGGCAGCACUCCAACGAAUCUGCACGAGAUCUGCGACUACGAUGGAGCCUGCGUCCAGAUACCCAAGGACGGCAGAUGGGACUUCCUCAAGUACGUGGUCACGCACCCGGUCAUGAUGAUACACCAUGUCUUUAUCGGAACAUUUGGAUUGCUGGUGGUGACGUACAUUCGCGGUGGCGGGCACUGCAUCUACAGCUACAUGUUCAUGAUGGAGUUCUCCACGCCGUUCGUCUCGUUGCGCAGCAUCCUGAGCACCAUGCGUCUCAAGGAUUCGCGUGUGUACAUCGCCAAUGGGCUGCUCAUGCUGGCCACCUUCUUCGUGUGCCGCGUCUGCAUGUGGCCAUACGUGAUGUGGCGCUACAGCCUGGCCAUUGAGGCUGCGUCCCUGUGGUCGGCCAUGUGCGGCCUGCCGCGAGGAUGCCUCAUCAGCAUCGCUAUACUGUUCUUGCCACAGCUUUACUGGUUCUAUCUGAUGGUUUUGGGUGCUCUCAAGGUCUUUCUACCGCAGAAGAGGCGGCCGCCCAACGCAGUUCUAUCGGCAAAGUCGGCGGCCACGCCCACAACAACCCCCACCGCCCUCAUAAAUGGCAAAAACUAGUGCAAAUUGUAUUUAUUUUGAGGCAGAGUUCCAGCCGCAUCCGUAUUGCGGAGAUCUUGCUAUUGUUUAUACAUUUUUAAUUAUACAACAACAACGACCCACUAACCGGAAAACUGAAAACCGGAAACAGAAAACAGAAAACCAGGACGGACGGAGAAUGAAAACGGCAGCGGAAACGAUGGCGGCUUACAAAUGAACCGAAGACCAUGGACAGACCCUUAGUGUUAAAGAAAGACAUUAUUUACUAAAAAGAAAAAGAAAAAACGAUAAGGAUAAAGAUGAAGAACUAAGAACAAAACUAAAACCAAAUGCAGAUAAAACGAAUAAACUAUGUUGCUUAUUUUUUGAAGCAAGCCCCCUAACCAUAAACGAA